GUUGUAAUCGAUCGCCGAUGUCAUCGAGUGGUGUGGUGAUUCUGAUCGUGUUCUGAAGGCUAUCUGUGUUUAGCCGAUACCGAGAAUGGGGGGAAAGAACAAGCAGAGGACAAAGGGGAACGUACGGCCUUCAAGCAGUGGGCGGGCGGCAGAAUUGCUUGCUAAGGAAACAGGAACAGUUCCUGGCUUUGUUGGCUUUGGGUCAUCACAAAGUGAUCUUGGCUAUGUCCCGGCUGUGCAGGGAGCAGAAGAAGUUGACAGUCUGGUUGAUGCAGAUUUCAGAAUGGUUCUGCGGAAACUUUCUAAGCGAGAUGUCACAACAAAACUGAAGGCUAUGCAGGAGUUUGCUGCAAUGUGCAAAGAGAGAGAUGUAGAAACCGUCCGCGGCGUACUCCCAUACUGGCCAAGAAAUUAUUGCAAGAUUUCCUUGGAUCAUGAUCGCCGGGUCAGAGAAGCAACUCAGCAAGCUUUUGAGCAGCUUAUACUGAAAGUAAAGAAGUAUUUGGCCCCUUAUUUGAAAAGUCUAAUGGGGUUUUGGCUUAUUGCUCAAUGUGACACACACUCACCAGCAGCAAGUGCUGCAAGGGUGGCGUUUGAAGCUGCUUUCCCUGCUCACAAACAACCAGGAGCUUUGGAAUUCUGCAAAGAAGAGAUUCUUACGGUUUUGCUUGAUCAUUUGCUGAAAGAAACACCAGAUACACUGAGUGAUCCACAGACUGUUCCAGCAGAAGAGCGAGAAUCCAAGUACCUUCGUGUUGUAACUAGCUCGUUAUUGGCACUUAAGCGUCUGGUUUCCAUGUUGCCAAGCAAUGAGAGCACCACUCUGCAGGAGAGACUCGCGGAUCUUCUGUCGCAGGGCAAGUUCUGGAAGUACAGCAAACACCAGACACCAAAUAUUCGCUCAGCUUUCUUCGAAUUAAUAUCUGCAUUUUGCCAGCACUUUCCUGGACUUUUAAACACAGAGGCAUCUCGUUUGUGUCCAGCAGUACUUCUGAGUAUUGACGACAGUGACGCUGUAGUGUGCCCUGCUCUCUGGGAAGCUGUACUUUACACCAUCACUACGGUUGAGCACUGCUGGGAUCAUGUGAAUGCAAAAAAAGGAGUUUUUCCAAAACUGUGGGUUGUCCUUAGAGAAGGAGGACGUGGUCUGGCAACUGUAAUAUUCCCCAAUCUUUUACCAUUUAUUAGCAAACUACCCUGCCAAAUUACAGAGCCCGAGGUGGACUUCUACAGAAACUUCUUUAAUUGUUUAAGCCAAGGCCUCUCCAGUGAACGCGCUGUUGCUAGCCCUACAGAAUGCUCCGCCAUUAUAACUGUGUUCAUGGAGUGUUUGCGAUUUGUCAUGCAAGAGAAUAUUGGAGAAGAAGAGCAGCACAGAAAGAUCCAGGACAUGCUCAUCACUGAACAAUUAAUUCCUCUCAUUGAUUCCUCCUUGAAAGAUCCAAAACUUCAAAAUAGUUCAUUUUUUAACCAAGUCGAAGAAACUUUACUUUCCUGGGAAAAACGAGCAGAGAGUCCAAAGGAUGAAAAUAAUCUGUCUAGCAUUCACAAGACCAUAUUGUCUGGGUUUUGGGAUGGCUUAGCACGUGUGUGUGUUGAGCAAGUUGAUGCUAUUGAAGCUGGUAAGAAGGAAUUAGCAGGUGUUUCUGGACUUCUUCAGGUUCUACAAAAUCCUAAAAAUUCAGCCAAAGCUGAUAAGAAGAAAAAGGCAAAGAUUAGAUUUAUAGAUGAGGAGGAAAUGGCUUGUGAAGGACUUAAACCAGAACAAUCUUCUUUAGAACCCGAGACAAUUUUAAGUGUUCAGACCCAAACAGAAGGUUCUUCUACACUUUCUGGUCUGAGGAAAGAACGCCUUGAAGACUUGGUGUGCAAACUGGCAGAACUGAGCAUGGUUUAUGUUAAUGACCAGAGGCCCAAUCAGCAUCUUAGGUUCUUAGCGGCUCUGCUCAGCUCAUUCUCAUCUCUUAGAGUAUAUCAGGUGCUUUUAGAACAAAGUAGUGAAACAGAUUCAGCAAAUGCAGAAUCCUCAGAUAAGUUGCCUGCAUCUAACGGUGAAAAUGCAGCAGUUCAGUUUUUCCAUAACAAAUUAAUUGUUUGGUUGAAAGAUGAGAGCAUGGAAGAAGCUGAUUUCUUGGUGGACAUCUUAUACAGUGUCUUGCAUUGCUGUGGUGACUCUUCGGAUAGAAAAGGUCUACUGGAUAACCAUACAAAGGAGGAUUUUAAAUGGAGUGUUCUUCUGCACAUCAUUCAAAGGGCCCGACUUGAUUCAGGAAAAUAUUCUCUUGUCAGUGACUGGUUAAAAGGGAAUGUUUUGGGUGAAAGAUUAAUCUGCCUGGUGGAUGAUCUAUGUAACAGAGGCUUAACGCACAAGCAAGAAGAGACUUAUUGCUCAAAGAAGUGGUCUCUCUUAAGUUUGGUACUGUCAGAGCACGUUAAAAAUGAGUCUUUAAUUGGCAAAGCCUACGUGGAAAGGAUCAUUGAUAAACUGCACUCUUCUUUAACUAAAGCCAAGGAUCUUUCCAAAGCUGGUGAUAUCGAACAGCCUAUCUCAUUCAUUUGUGAUGUAGCAUCAAACUUUUUCAGUUCUUUUAAAGGCUGUUUGCAGAUGCCCUCUGCAGAAGAUUUGCUUUUUACGAUUUUCCAACUAUGUGCUCAGACCUCAGAUGCAACUCACUUGUCAGAAUCGCUUCUGCAAAAGCUCAGGCACACUUGGCUAUCAGGACUAAAUGCACUUGUACACCAGUUUGAUAGCAUACACCAAGGAAGCACAUUCCUGAGCAGGUCUGCAACAUGGAUCGGAAAUCAGAUUCAGAAUUCACACCUUAGUGUUCAAAGCCUUCAGUCAUUAAUAUGUUCUGUUAAUGACUUACAUUCAAAAAUAAUGGAAUCUGGUCCCUCGGCCUUUAAUAUACUUGUGGAGCAUGUUGGAUUAAUGAUGCCAGAUGACGAAAAAUGGCAGACGAUGCGUGAUUGCCUCUCCACUCAGUGGUUGAGCAAGCCACUUUUAGAAGGAAGAUUAAGCAUGAAUACAGAAACAUCUGGGACAGAUCUUAAAUCAUUUGCAAAGCGUUGGCUUCCAAACCAUCUUUGCACUGCUUCUCUGUUGACUAAAACGGCUUUUCGAAUGCUGGAUAGUAAAGCGCUUUUCAUUGACAAGCAAGUUGAAAACAAAAUUAACAUUCUAGUUGCAGAAAUAUUAUAUGCAUUGCAGUGGUGUGGGGAGCUAGAAAAGCCCCCAACUAUUGUUACUGAGUUUUGUGAAAUGCUUCAGACCAUGGAGAUGUCGUGUGAUAAAAUAAAAGAGCUAUGUGACCAUUUGCCAGCGCUCCUUGAGUUACUGUAUAACAGAUCAAAGGAAAGUGGGACACUUUGGGCCUUAACAACUAACAAUUAUGUUCAACUGGCAAACAUUGGGAAUCAGGAAUUAACAACACUGAUUAAAGCCACAGAAGGAUUUUUCCCAAUAACACAGGGAAACCUGCACACAAUCCAGUGCUUAUCUCCUUUCUUAUGUACAGAAGUGAAGGAAGAACUUGCCAUACAGUGCACAGCUAGGCUUAUGGCGUCUGCAGUAUCUGAUGUCCCCUGCACAGAUGGAGGGUUUGGCUACCUUGCAAUGAUAAAUUCUUGUCUGGAAUCAGAAUCUAUCUGUGCAGCUGAAAUACUACCUGGCAUACUCAAAAUUAUGUCAUCCUGGAAAAAUAAUAAUGAGGAUCUAUUUUUGUUUAGCUGUAAUCUUACAGAUGCCUGCUCAGCUCUGAUCGGACUUAAUAUUGAAAUUAUCAGGUUCUUCUCUCUACUUCUAAAUUAUUUGUCAUCUUCUUUGUCAUCUUUGUCAGCCACGGAAUGGGACUUCAUAAUGUGCUCCAUGUUGUCUUGGUUAGAGACUGCCUGUGACAGCUCUGCACUUUACCAUAUUCCACUUGUUCGAUUAUUUGGCUGUUCAAGUUGCAACUUGGCAUCAGAUCUCUCUGGUUAUUUUCAAGCUGUCACCACAAGGACUGCAGAAAGCCUUCCUGCAAACCUUCUGUCAGAAUGGAAUGAAUUCUUUUCUGAAGGCAUUCACAGUCUGCUCGUACCAAUGUUGGUGAAAAUAGCAGGCGAGUGCAAGGCAUCAGACAUAUCCCAUCUGAAUUCUUUGAUGAAGUCGCUGGGUGACGCUCUCAGUUAUAUUUCCAAGGGCCAGCUGCUGAACCACAAGCUUCCUGCCAAGUUUGUUGCUGGACAGAAGACCAACCUAUCAGACAUGCUGCAAAGUUUGCUUAACACUCUGGCUCCACUCCUGCUCUAUAGCGAAAGAUCUGUGCAAAUCACAGUUUACCAUAUGUUGGCUAAAGUUAUGCCAGAUUUGCCUAUAUUUGACGAUGAAAAUCUCAAAUCAUAUGGUGAUGAAGAUGAGGAACCUGCCCUGUCACCACCCGCUUCUCUUAUGUCUGUUCUGGCCAUUCAAGAGGACUUGAUUGAAAAAAUUCUUGAAGAUGUAUCUGUUGGGGAAUUUAUCAUAAUACAUCCUACAAAGGAGGAGUUCUGCUUUGUUCUUGGUUACCUACUCACAUGGAAAUUAAUCCUCACUUUCUUUAAGGCAGCAUCCUCACAGCUGCGAGUUCUGUACUCUCAAUAUCUGCGGAAAACUAAGAGUUUAAAAAAACUUCUUUACAACCUGUUCAAGCUUAUGCCAUAUAACCCAGUGCUUCCUGGACAAUCCAAUGAUGCAUCCAACAAAGACCUAAAGACUUUCUUUACAGAAGAGCUACUUUUAACUGUAAAAGAAACCGCAUCGCUCCAGUAUGAGAUUCCACAUUUGGCAUGUUCUGUGUAUCACAUUACUUUAAAGGAUUUGCCAGCCAUGGUCAGACUUUGGUGGAACGGCUGUGAGAAAAGGAUUUUCAAUAUUGUUGACAAAUUCACAACCAAGUAUGUCAGCGGGGUGCUCUCUUCCCAAGAAAUCACUUCUGUUCAGUCAAGCACACAGGUUUUUGAUGGGAUGACAGUGAAAGCACGGCCUGCUACUCGGGAGGUGAUUGCAACCUAUGCUGUUGAUGAGAUUUGUAUAGAGCUGAUAAUACAGUUGCCACAAAAUUACCCUCUUGGGUCAAUCACAGUAGAAAGUGGUCGGCGAGUUGGAGUAGCUGUUCAACAGUGGCGCAAUUGGAUGCUGCAGUUAAAUACUUACCUCACUCACCAGAAUGGAAGUAUAAUGGAAGGCUUAUCCUUGUGGAAGAACAAUGUGGAUAAACGAUUUGAAGGUGUUGAAGAUUGUAUGAUUUGUUUCUCAGUUAUUCAUGGGUCGAAUUACUCUUUGCCAAAGAAAGCCUGCAGAACCUGCAAGAAGAAGUUCCAUUCAGAAUGUCUGUACAAAUGGUUUACCUCCAGUAACAAGUCCACAUGCCCACUUUGCAGAGAGAACUUUUUCUGAAAUGUGCUACAACCUGUUUAAAAUAUUAACACUCAAUAAAAAUAGUUAUCUACAAGCUGGACAGUGAAAGACUGAAAUAUUUUUUAUUCUUACCGUGAUUUGUUGGAAGAUCUCUGCUCUUCACAUAAGCAAUAUGAAAAUCUAAUCUAAUGAAAUACAAUGUGAGUUAACUGAGAUCUGCAACUCUACGCUUUGUUUGGCCUCAAAGUGUUUAAUCCGGACUUUAGGAACAGUUUCCUAAUAAAUGUUCAGAACAUUACCACAGCUAUUCAUUUGAAUUUGCUUUUAUUAAAACGUUAUUCACAUAAAAUGUCUUGCAGUAUUAGGGUGACCAUAUUUCCGCUUUAAAAAGGGACACACAUGAAAAAUACAUAUGUCAGGGCUGUUUUCAAGGCUGUUUAAAGAAAUGUUUUGUAUAAGAACCCCAAUAUAUGCAUUUUUCAUAUGUGUCUCUUUUUAAAGCGGCAAUAUGGUCACCCUAUUGCAGUAUGGUAAAUUUUGCUCUUGAUUAAAGCAUCCUUGUAUAAUUCUCCAAAUUGGAAGGUUUAUUUUUUAUAAAUUACAGUAACAAUCUGGAUACUAUCUUGUAUCUUAAAAUGUAUAAUGUGGAAUAAAGUAUAUUUUAUUGUUUAAAACAAUUGCAAUGUUUAUAUAUAAAUGUAAUGGUUUUUUAAGCAACAUCAAAUUCAUUAUUUAAUUUCAUUGUUAAUGUGUUUUUUUUUUUUUAAAUAAUAAACUCACCCUCCUGCAACAAUUAUAUCUGCCCCUCCCCAUUCAGCCAUUAGUUUUUUUUUCUUUAAAUUUUGAAAAUGACCAAUGGAUCCAGUUAGAGACUAAUAUCUGAGUGCAGCAUAGCUGUCAGAAUUCUACUCUAACGUAUUUAAAAAGGGAAACUCGUGUACGAAACGCGUCAGUACUGUUAGACCUUUCACUUCUCGCAUGUAGACUGCAUUUACAAUAAAUCAUAUUUGAUUGCUGUGACACUGACCCAUUUAUUCUUUUUGAAUUGUAACUAUUUCAUAAGAAAAAUAGUGAAGUAUUACUGCGCAGUAAAGCACGCUGUGUUUUUGUAGUAGUGCAUACUGUCCCACUGUUAGCAGGGAUGCUCUUGUAACAACAAAUUAAGCCUAUAGAUGCAUUCAAUUGUAACAUUUUAUUAAAAAAAAGAAAUGAGAGCACAGAAAUUGAGGUAUUGUAGUAUACGCUGGAGUGUGGGUUUAUUAUUUAAAAUAGAGAAAAAGUAAACUUUUUUUGCUUUUUAAAAUAGAAUGUGAAUGAUGCAGUGAAAUCAAUUAUUCCCCUUCAUGCUCCUUUUAAGUUCCACACGAUUCUAUUUGCAUUAGGAGGAUAUUGACAUAGAAUAUUGUAAACCAAUGUACAAAAUUAAAAGAUUAUUCAAAUAUA